UCUUUCAUUUCUUCAGACUCAUUUGAGGAUCAGCCUGAAACUUUUCUACCAUGGCGCUUGCUGUAAACUCAAGGUUUCCUUCACGGCCGUCCUACUACACCGAAGAGAACCAGCCUGACGGCGACACCCGACCGUUUUCUUACCACAACCGUCCAGGUAAUCCCAGAGUUCCUGCGGUCAUACGCGACCAACCUUGCGUCGAUUCAGACAUAUAUUUCUCGAGUCCAAACGUACCCGGAUACGGCGAUGAGCGGCCUCCUCCUAGACCUCCACGCUCGCCAAAGUUCUCCAGGGUUGCUCCAUCAAAACCGCCUCGAACACCACCAAGGUCUCCUUUAGCCGGAAGGGCACACUUGGCCUAUACGCAAUCUGAUUCGGAUUUACACAGUCAUGUCGGUCUCCGAGUUCCUGGCCAACCAAGGACACCACCUCCGUUGACUCCACCACAUGGAUUUGGGUCUAAGCAGCACUUCUUUCCUUCUGAUGAAAGACCACCGAGGUCGCCAAGGAUUCCUCCUAGGAGUUUCCAUCCUCCUGAUGAAACUCCUGCUGUUCCUCCAAGAUCCCCAAGGCUUCCUCCAAAGCCGAUGAAGUUCUCACAACUGCCUCCUCCAGCACCUCAACCUCUUGCCGGCAGGUCCAUCUUGAACCGAUCGGACAGGUCGGAGCGCGCCAUCUCACAUGACCCAAGAACCGACGUCAAGAAGAUGACACGACAGACAAGUGCGGAUACUGUUCGGAUCGCUGCACAGACCGAGAGAGAACUCCUCAGGUCAGCACCUCCACCUCCUAAACCUACCCCGCCAAUCUUAGAGCAACCGAAGUCAUCCAGAAUACCGACCAACGAAGUGCAGAAUGGAGGAAAAGGUGGCAAGGGGCCGAAAUCAAAUAAGAACAAUGCGGGUGAUCGGGAAGCGUUUCAGAUGGAAAAACCGAAAGAGAAGAAAGGCUGUUGUCAUCAGUGCGCGAAAAUUUGUGUUAACGAUAUUUCAGAAUUCCUGAUAGAACUAUGUCUCGAUUGAAGAUUUCGUAUUCGAAGGCACUCAAUAAUUAGGAUGGAAAAUAACUGUUUCCAGUCAGGUAUACCCGAAUCGCUAAGUUUUUUCUAAGAGCGCGCUUGGUAUCAAAGCACAAACCAUGGAUGGCCAUUUUCUUACUCAGAUGAUUUUGUUUGGGAUUGGAAAUGGAUUGAUGGCGAUAUGUUGAUGGUCUGUGGAUACUAUGUACAAGAACGAAUGAACUAAUGACAUGGCCUAUAUUGCAUAUUGUGGUUGUAACGAUGAAAAUGUUGUUGUUGACUGUCAGAAAUAGUUUUGUAGAUAUUGACUGUGGAAAUUCGAUCCUUAUCAUUUACCAGCAUGAUCUGGAAUCAGGAUGUAUAACUCUUAUAUAUAAAACGAAUAUGAAAGCUAUAAAUCGGUUGUGUACAUGGGUUUAAUUAACAAGACAUAAUAGACUGCCAAGGCUGUCAUCAUCGACUAAGCUGACAACAAAUUUUUUUUUUUAUUCUUGAUGCUUUUUUGCAACAUUUACAACGAAACCGAUUAAGACCAAUCAACGCAAUUCUUUGUAGGUCCAUUGACAUCGGUCAGUUUUUAGUCUGUUUCGCUGAUGUGAAUGUAGAAAAAAAAAUCAAAGUGGAUCAGUUUUGAAAUCUAUUAUUAUGAACUCUUGGCCCCCGAUUCUGUAGCUUCCAAUAAUAAUGCAUGACAAAAACUGAUGGAAUAGCUGGAGAAAACGUUUAAUGACAGGUAACCUUCAGCCUUCAAAAGUUGGUUUUAAUGGGUUUUACAGGAGGAUCGAACCAUUUUCUUUUGCUUCUGUUUAAAGACAAGAUUAUUGCUGUAAUGUUAGCAUAACUACCACGAUGUCAUAGCCUAGGAACAUAACAAAGGGUGACGGUUUGCGGUAUAUCGGGUAAGGUAGAUGAUACGGAAGUAAGUUGUGCUGUCGAUUAAGUCAUAUUGACUCAGAUAUUUUGCGAUUGGCCGUGGUUAGGAUCUGUCGACGACUAUAUCCAGUUUCUUCGCUCAGCAUAAGUAGUGUAUCAGGAUUAAUCAUGAAUGAAUGUUCUAAGGUUUGUGCCACAUGCACUGGCGCACCGAGGAUUCGGGGUGCGGCUGGGGGCGGCUGAUGCCCCUUCAAAGAUAAUGAAAGAUAUUAUAUAUUUUGGUUUAACUAAUAGUGAUGGGGUUUUCAACAUCAACACCGGAAAUGAAAAACAAAAGUUUAUAAAAAGCAAAGCAUUUGGUUUACAUACUACUUUGUUAAAUUCUUCUAUAUUAGUGAUAACUUAUCAAGUAGAUCCAUUGAUAUUCCGUGAUGAAAUGCUAACCGCAACACCAAUUAUGCUGGUGCUCUUUUUCUCUCGACUUACACCCUAAUUGAAUUGAAUUUAUUAGCAUCCGCAAUGCAGAAAUAAUAAUAAAUGUGACGAUGAAGUUGA